AUGGGUAUAUGUUUUCGAAAAGAACACAACAUGAGAGCUCCAAUGAAUGCUGGGAUAAUAGCCAGCUCUAGUCUAUCAAAAAGUGCUCGCACAGAAAGUAACAGCUAUUUAGAUAUUAGAGAUAAAUACGAGUUUAUUAAAGUUGUCGGGUAUGGUCAAUUCGGUACAGUUACUCCCCCCUCUCCGUUAGUAAACAAAACCAUUAGAAAAAUCGCUAUUUUUUGCCCAAAACCCCCACCCUCCGUGAGUGAACAAAAAUUUUUUAAAUAGAAAAAAUUUUUUAUGAAAAAAAAUUGAUAUAUAAGUGAUAAUUAGUAUAAUGAAAUCUCGAGCUAAUUCAAAUUAAAUGAAUAUUUACUUCCCAAUUUUUGCAAAUUAGGAUUUUUUUAAAAUUUCGAAAAAAAAAAUUAACUCCCUUCGUGAGUGAACAAAAUUUUUUUGUUCACUCACGGAGGGGGGGAGCUAGAGAAGCUCGUUUAAAAAUUCAUAACGGAAGUCAAGAAUGUGAAAAAAUCUUCGCCAUAAAAUCAAUUUGUAAAGGCAGAGUAGUAAGACUUAUCUCUUGCUUAAGGAAUGAAAUUGAAAUCCUGAUGCUUGUUGACCACCCUAAUAUAAUUAAACUAUAUGAAGCCUAUGAAGAUACUAAAUAUAUUCACUUGGUCAUGGAAAUGUGCACAGGCGGGGAUAUCCUAGAGUUCCUACUGGCUAAAGGGUCUUUAAGUGAAGAGGAAAUAGCAAAAAUCAUGCAUAAAAUGCUGGCCGCAGUUAACCAUCUGCAUAGUUUGCAUAUACCUUCAGAGCAGAUAUGGCUCGACCUGAAACUCCCACUCUCCUCCCCCCCCCCCUACGGUUUCAGUUUGAACGAAAUUUUUAAUUCAAGAUGGCAAGUCCCUCACUAAGGAUUUGACAAGUCAAAUUCAAUUUGUAGAUUUUAAUAAAGCUGAAACGGUCAAGGGGGGAUGGGAGGGGGGUUCUCAGGUCAAUCUAAAACCGUGCUCACGGUAUAUAUGUCAUAGAGAUUUAAAACCUGAAAAUUUUUUAUUAGAGAGUCAUGAUGAGCAUGCAGAGCUCAGGCUGAUCGAUUUUGGGAUGUCUAUCAAGUAUGGAGAAGAUUUGAUGUAUUCACUUGUAGGAACUCCUUAUUAUCAAGCCCCAGAUAUAUUCAAAGGAAUUUAUGGUGAUGAAUGCGAUGUUUGGUCGCUAGGCGUAAUAUUAUAUUUUUUAUUAUCAGGCAAGCAGCCAUUUAAAUCUGCAAAUAUAUCGGAAUUACAUGAAAGAAUUAAUAGAGGAAUUUACAGCUUCUCUGACAUAAAAUGGAAAACAAUCUCACCUGAAGCCAAACAUUUAAUUAGGAGAAUGCUUACAGUUGAUCCAAAGAAAAGAAUUUCUAUCAAAGCAGCUUUGAGCCAUCCAUGAUUUAAAAUAAAAAAUCAGCCCUCUGGGAUUUUGAUUAGUCAAGACAUAUUUAAAUCAAUAAAAAGGUUUAAAGCGCCAAGUAAGCUAUGGCAAGAAUUAAUGACAAUUUUUGUUAGAAAUAUUUCACAAGAAAAUACGGAGAAUUUAAAAUUGGCUUUUCAAGAUAUUGAUGUAAACAAAGUAGGAUUUGUAACAGCUCAAGAUAUUGCUAACGCUAUGAGAAGAUGUGGCUAUAAAAUCUUGAGCGACGAAAUUUCGAAUUUGAUAGAAAAAAUUGAUUACUUACUCUCCCAUCCUUGAUCGAAUAUUCAUUAACAAUUUCUAUAAGUUGAAAAAAUUAAGUCCUAUAAUUUUUAUGGUCAAAAACAGCCCAUCAAGCCUCAUAUAUAGCCAUCUCCAUAUGAUACUGAAUCUUAAAAAUAUUGCAUUCAAUCACUCAUCAACAAUUAUAAUACUAUUUUUGGCAUAUUUGCUGAUAUAUUGUAGCUCUAUCUCUUGUAGCUAGUGUAAAAAUAUUUUAUAUAGAAUAUUUUUAAUAUAAAAAUUUUUAGAUUAAUAGAAAAUAAUUUAACUCUCAUCCUUUAUCAAAUAGGCCAUUGGUUAGAUUAAGGAUAGGGGAAGUUAGGAAAUGGCAGAUUAAACUAUACACAAUUUUUAAUUGCAGCUGUUGAUAGGAAGCAGCUGAUCGAUGACGAAUGCGUAUGAAGUAUUUUUAAGCAUUUUGAUAUUGUAAACUAUAUAUAGACUGGUAAUGGAAAAAUAAAAGUUGAGGACUUGAAAUUUACACUAGAAAAAGCUGGAUGUUUUACUUCCAAUGAAGAAAUUAAUGAAAUUAUUGAAGAAUUCAAAUUAAGGGGAGAGGAUGGGAUGGAUUAUGAAAAGCUUACUCCCCCCCCCCCCCCUCCGUGAGCGAACAAAAAAAUUUUGUUCACUCACGGAGGGGGGGUUAAUUUUUUUUUUUUAAAAACAAUUUAUAUAUAUAAAUUUUUAUAAAAAUAUUUUUUUCGAAAUUUAAAAAAAAAUCCUAAUUUGCAAAAAUUGGGAAGCAAAUACUAAUUUAAUUUGCAAAAUUUGUGUUUUAAAACGCAAUUUGUUUAAAAUUAAACAGAAUUAGCUCUAGAUUUCAUUAUACUAAUUAUCACUUAUAUAGCAAAAUUUUUUUCUAUUAAAAUUUUUUCUAUUAAAAAUAUUUUUGUUCACUCACGGAGGGUGGGUUUUUGGUCAAAAAAUGGCGAUUUUUCUAAUGGUUUUGUUCGCUCACGGAGGGGGGGGGGGAGUUAGAGAAAUUAUGAUGUGUAAGAAUUAUUCAGGCUUUUCUGAAGAGUAUACAGAAGUGAAUACAGAAAGUGAUUUCGCUUUUGAUGGGAGCCCUCAUAGAAGACUUUCAUUGCAACGCUUAGCUAUUAGGAAAAGAACUUUUUUUAAUAAGAAUCAAAACAACGUAAGUCAUGAAAAUAUUGAGUUGACUUUACCAUAAUUAAAAUAUGGCGUCUCUACCUAGCAUGGCCUUCCGGCCAUGCAGCUUCCGAGCAUAUAUUUUAAUUAUAUCCGGCAAGGUUUUACUAACCCAGAAAUGGACAGCAAUGCUAGGUAAGCAAUUCUGGUACUGUACAGAGCCUAGCCCUCAGUCCAAAUUCAGGAUUAGGUUUUACCUCGAAGGGAAGGAGGGGUUCAGGUUUGGAAAGGGCAAGCCCAGCUAAGUCUACAGGGAAUACCUAGACCAAUCGGGCAAGUGCCUAGCGUGAAACUGGGAGUUACGCCCCAGGACUUGAAUUUUUCCUUUUUGCCGAGAGGUCACCAGAAAUUCCAUUGUUUGGAAUUUCUGUGUGGUCAACUUCGUUCACUCAAGCAGCUAGCCGCAGAAGUCCAUAGCCCGCCCACUCAACACUCAAGCCGCAAGGAGAGGAGUAGACGUCCAGGCGAAAUCUCACUUCAGAAUAUCAGGCCCAUCAGGAGCUGAAGAAGAAGAAGAAAGGCAGUGUUCGAGCUGAUUCUCUUGGGCCAGCGAACCCAUUGCCCCAAUUCGAACAAGGUGGAACCGAAGACGGCGCAAAGCAGGUGAAUACCGCAUUGGGGAUCCGUGGUGACUGCGUAAUCAAAACGGCAGACGCCUUCUAAUUUCUAAGUUAAGAGUUGACUUUACCAAAUACGAAAACUUAUAGCUUGUAG